GCCCUCUUAGUUUAUCUUCCUGAGAAUGUCAAAAGAAAGAGAAAAGAACAUAUUGGUCCAACUGCACGCGGUCUUUGGUGCUUGUUGCUCCCUUCUGAUACUCAUCUCCCAGGACAGGGUCCUUCUAACUUCUCUAACAUUUGGUACCAGCCGCGAGAGGAGGGCGCAUCUCUCCUCUCGGCACUCCACCAUGGGCAAUAUCUCCGAAGACUCCUCGCGGGAGGACUGCAAGUCUCUGCAGUCGCUCCCCUCCGGCGAAAGCCCGGCCAUCAGCUCGGUGAUGUUCUCGGCCGGGGUGCUGGGGAACCUCAUCGCGCUGGCGCUGCUGGCGCGCCGCUGGCUGGGGGACGCGGGACGCAGCGCAGGACGCGGGAACUCUAUCUCCCUGUUCCACGUGUUGGUGACAGAGCUGGUAUUCACCGACCUGCUUGGGACCUGCCUCAUCAGCCCGGUGGUGCUGGCUUCCUACGCUCGGAACCAGACCUUGGUGGCCCUGGCGCCUGAGCGCCGCGUGUGCAUCUACUUCGCCUUCGCCAUGACCUUCUUCAGCCUGGCCACUAUGCUCAUGCUCUUCGCCAUGGCCCUGGAGCGCUACCUAUCCAUCGGGCACCCCUACUUCUACCAGCGCUGGGUCACGCGCCGAGGCGGCCUGGCGGUGCUGCCCACCAUCUACACGGUCUCUCUGCUCUUUUGCUCCCUGCCGCUGCUGGACCCCGAGAAGUACGUCCAGUACUGCCCUGGGACGUGGUGUUUCAUCCAACACAGCCAGACCACGUACCUGCAGCUCUACGCCACCGUGCUGCUGCUCCUCAUCGUCGCGGUGCUCGCCUGCAACUUCAGUGUCAUCCUCAACCUCAUCCGCAUGCACCGUCGGAGCAGGAGAAGUCGCUGCGGACCCUCCUUGGGCAGCUGCCAGGACGGCCCUGGGACCCGCAGGAGAGGGGAAAGGGUGUCCAUGGCGGAGGAGACGGACCAUCUCAUUCUCCUGGCUAUUAUGACCAUCACCUUUGCGGUCUGCUCCUUGCCUUUCACAAUUUUUGCAUAUAUGGAUCAAACCUCAUCCCAAAAAAACAAGUGGGACCUCCAAGCUCUUAGAUUUUUAUCUAUCAAUUCAAUAAUUGACCCUUGGGUCUUUGCCAUCCUUAGGCCUCCUGUUCUGAGACUAAUGCGUUCAGUCCUCUGUUGUCGGGUUUCAUUAAGAACACGAAAUGCAGCACAGACUUCCUGUUCUAUACAGUCAGAUGCCAGUAAGUAGAUUGACCUUCCCUGACAGUAGUUAAAAAGUGCUUCGUUAGCCAGCAUCUGGAAGAUCAUUUUGAAAUGGCUGCAUGGAGAAAUGAAAAAAGUAAGUUUACAAACCCAACGACACUCUCCUAAUAAAACAGAGUGAACAAACCUUUCAGCAGCUGCUGGGGCUACAGAGGUGCUGACAAGGCACUUCAUGGAAGUUGUCAGAAGGAUCUGUAAAACCUGCCCUCAACAAGCAGGUCAAUGAGGUUGGUCUUUGGAGGAAAAACCAACUACGUUCAGGAUCCAGUUGCCUUUUGAUUUAAACUUCCCCGUUGAGUGAGAAAGCAUGUGGUUUUGAAAUUUGUUUAAAACCCUAAAUAGUUACAGUGUUUUCUAUUUUAAUCUUCUAUGCUACUGCCGUUAUAAACAUGCAGCGUGCAGUCAGACCAAAUGAAAUUUCGUGUGUCUCCUCUAGGAAGGCCAUGUGUGGAAGCAGCUGAGACUGGUGUCUUGUGUUGCUUAACAAACCCUUUGUUUGGCCAAUGAACUUGGAAAUCACAGGCACUUUGUACCGUUCUAUUUGUGUAUGUGGGAGGUCUCUCUGGUCACCACGGUAUUAUGCGUGAACAGUGGGCUCAGCUGGUUAACGUCACCUUUUCACUAGUCCUCUAGAAGCUGUGUGUCAAAGUAUUAGGUAUUUAUUUUAUAAUGUCCAUUGUGCUAAGGGUAAUCAAGAACACUUAUGGAAUUUUCCUCUCAAAGAGAAAUAAUAGGCUAUUAAAAGAGUUUUAAUUCUGAUUAAUACUUUUCACUCUCUUUCCAGGGAGGGGUAAUGUGGCCAAAUAUUAGAAUUAAAAAAACUCUUCUAUUGCUCAUGUUGAGGCUGUGACUAAUAUCUACUUGAUAAUAUGACUGUCUUGUAGCAAAACUCAUGCAUCUACAUUUUUAUCCAGGAAACACAGUUUGACUCAUACUAUAUAGGAAAUCAUGCAAUAGUGAGUCAUAUCUUAAUAUGUUUCUAAAUCUAAACGUUUAGCAUGGUGUAAACCUGGCAUCAAAAUAUUUCAGUGAAUUUGCACUCUUUAAUCAUCUUAGUUACUGUGUAAACUCAUCUGAAAUGUCAGGAAAAUAAACUAUGAAACAAAAAUGGAAAAUGGGAUAGUAUUUGAUGAAUUACCCCAAAUAACAGUUUCUAGAGUAGAUAUAAUAUUUUUAAUAAGAGAAAAGUGGAAAAUUAUAUUUAUUUUGGCAGGCAAGUUUGUAAAGUGUGGUUGUAUUAUAAUUUAGAUGUCAAAAUAUUCAAUAUAGUACUUGGUAUUAGAGCAUUUUUUUCUUUCCGUACAGCAUGAUCUUCCAAACAGUAGAACCACCUUAUUUAUUUAUUUAUUUAUUUAUUUUGCAGUGCGUGUUAUUACAGGAUAGCUGUUAUUAAAAAAAAGAGAGAGAGAGAGAUGCUAGUUUUUUCCAAGGUCUCAUUGAAUUGCUUACGCAAAACCAUUUCCUAUAAGUAGUUAUCAAACUAGAUAAUCACUUAAAGUGAUUCCAAACCAAUCUAGCAUCAGACACAAUCUAUGUCAAAUCAGCUCUUGUUUUUAAAAGAAUAAAUAAAUGGUUUGUUUUUCUACUGAUUUAAACAAACCAGGCACAAUUUAAUUUAACUGAAAUCUGGACAUGUAAAUAAAUCUUCCCUGGAUACAAGUAUUCUAAAGUUAAGAGAUUGUUCUAAAUAGGAUUAAUUAUGCUCAUGGGUAAUUCCUAAACAUAAAAUUCUGAAGUUACUCUGAAGCUGGAAGAGUGAUUUCUUUUAUCAAAUGACUAUUUUUUCCUCCAAAUGAAAAAAAUGUUAACUACAAUCCUUCACUCCACCUUACCACUGCCCCAAAAUUCUGGAAUAAUGCCUGAGAACUUUAAAAAAAGAAAAGGCACACUUGGA